AUGCAUUCAGUAUCACAGAGAGCAAAUCUCAUUGUUUGCUUUGGAGGUGUUGUAUUGUUUGGUGUACUUUUAUUGAAUGUACUGAGUAGAUCAUUCUUCCCUGACCAUAUAGAUGUUAACUUGACUGGUUCAACUAUAAAGUUUGUAAAGAGAAACCCAGUCGAACUUGCACAGGUACACAUGAGUUUACAAGCAGAUCUUACACCUCUAUUCAAUUGGAAUACAAAGCAAUUGUUUUUAUAUAUAACCGCUGAAUAUCAAACUAAAGAAACUGUUGUAAGUCAAGUUGUUUUGUGGGAUUAUAUAUUAAAAGAUAAAUCAAAAGCAGUACUCAAAGAGAAAGAUUUAAUUAAAUAUUUGUUGAUCGAUCAUUCUGGUGACUUAAGAGGACAAAAUGUAACUUUGACAUUCAACUACAAUGUAAUACCAAUAAGUGGAUUGAUUACAAGACACAAAGAAGGAUCAUAUUCAUUCAAGAUGCCAACUGAAUAUAUAAAUUAA